UGUCCGUUUAUACAUGGUCGCUGCCAAAAAUCGCAUAAUUCUCUUGUAAAUAUAUGUGUGAAAGUGGUGCUUGCCCGCGAGGACGACGUGCUUUAAGGAUUGUCAAACACACGUCAGGUGAAUGUUGGAUACGGAGAGUAGACACGGUACUGGGCUGGUUCAGGGACCGACAAGGGACCCUUGGCUCACGAUGGAUUACUAUCUCGGUACGGACAGUCUAUCGCUGCAAGAGAUGCUCGAUGUCGACAUCAAAUGCGAAAUCGAGGGUGUUAUCGGCGGACACACGGAGCUGGGCUUCAAUUUCACCGACAUGUCCACUCUAGAAAUGGAUGAUGAUCCCAUUGGAUGCCAGAACGAUCUCAGUGGAUGGUUUGGUUCCACCAGUUUGCUCAAUGGGAACAGCAAUAGUUCGAACAGCAAUUUUAAUCUUGACCUCAGCGGAAGCGACGCAGCAUCCAUUAUGGUGAACCCUAACUCGGUAAUGCCUCACAUAGCAAUCCGAAGUCCUACGCCAAACAAUAGUAGAAGGCACUUUUCGUUUUCACCCAAAAAAGAUAUAAAGGAAAAGAUCGACAUCGACGAGGAUGCAGAGAACGAGGGUAGUAGCUACACAGAGAAUGAGAACGAAAACGAGAAUGAAAAUGAGAACGACAACGAGAAUGAGAACGAGAAUGAGCAAGAUAAUGAAAUCGAAAAUGAUACCGAGACAGAACAGUAUGAAAAUGAUAUCACAGAAACGGAAGAAGAAUCCGAGGAUGAACAGGAGGUCUCAAAGUCGGUAACACCGUCCAAGUCAAAAACGAUUUCAAUAUCAGCCGCUAAAACAACCUCCCCUCAGUAUACCAAGGCACAGACUACCCCGAAAAUAAACAGUAUGCCCAGCAUCAGGGUUCAGAAUUUUAAAGUGCUACAGAGUCCCAACCAGACACCGCAGCACGUGCGGAAACAAAUCUAUAAUAACAACGUGCAUGUUAAUCCAGGAGCUACCACUGUCACUACAAUGAAAAGGGAGAAAGAAUUCGAUCUGUCAGAUUACGAUGACAAACUUUACCCUAAACCGGCUUAUUCAUAUUCCUGUCUGAUUGCAAUGGCAUUAAAAAAUAGCCAGACUGGUUCUUUACCUGUUUCGGAAAUCUAUAAUUUUAUGUGCGAGCAUUUCCCAUACUUUAAAACUGCACCGAACGGCUGGAAGAAUUCUGUCAGGCAUAAUUUAUCUUUGAACAAGUGUUUUGAGAAAAUAGAAAAGCCUGCCGGAAAUGGAAAUCAGAGGAAAGGUUGCCUGUGGGCUAUCAAUCCAGCCAAAGUGGCAAAGAUGGAUGAAGAAGUACAAAAGUGGUCUAGGAAAGAUCCAUUGGCUAUCAAAAAGGCAAUGAUAUAUCCAGAUCAUUUAGAAUUACUUGAAAGAGGUGAGAUGAAGUAUGCCGGCAGUGGUGAUGUAUCCGAGGAAACAGAAAGUUCAGGUGAUGAGGCAGUUGAAGAAAGUACGACGUACGAGGAAUCUAUUCAUGGUCAUAUAGCUGCAAACUCAGUAACAGAUAGUUAUGAUGAGAGUAGCCAAGAUUGUGAUUUAGAUAUUCACGAGCAUCUUUAUGAAGAAAUUGAUAUUGAGGACAAUAAGGAAUCGUUACAUAUGCAAUUAAAUAUCUCAAAGCAAGAAGCUUUUGAAUAUGAGCUUAGUUCUAAUACGAAAAGGCAAAAGACAUUAACUGGUGCGAUACAAGGGAAUUACGUGUAUCAACCUAUGACCACUUCACGAAGAAAAACACCUCUUCUUUUAAGAGCCGGCACGGGAAACAGCUCGUUUCUUAAGAUCGAUUAA